CUGGAGUUUACCCUCCCUCGCGUUAUUCUUUUCUAUCUAUCUAUCUAGGGUUUAUUCGCAGCUGCUCCUCCCUCCCAAACUUAUCGAACAACUCCGAGUUUAUCCGAUUCGCAUCCAUGGCGGAGGAAGUGGCCUACUCUUCGGGUAGAGGCGAAUCCAACAAACGGAAGUACGAAGAAGAUUCGCCGUCCCCGGUGGCGCGUAGGGCUACAGGUUUCUCGUCGCCACCCGACUCCGCGGUGCCUCCGCCAUCAUACAGCAGUGUUCCGCCUCCGUUGAGCGAGAUUGAGCUGGCUAAGCAAAAAGCGCAGGAGAUCGCUGCGAGGCUGUUGAACAACGCUGAUCCGUCGAAGAGAACUAGAGUUGACAAUGCGCCUAGCGUUGGCGGGGGAGGGUUUGAUGCUAUUGAUUCAGGUAGUGGCCAGAAGCAUUUGGGUCUAGGUUUUGGUGGUCCGCCACAAGCUCCAUCUUAUGGAUAUCCAGGUCCAAGCAAGAAAAUUGAGAUACCCAAUGGAAGGGUUGGUGUGAUUAUUGGUAAAGGUGGUGAAACGAUCAAAUACCUUCAACUGCAGUCAGGAGCUAAGAUUCAGGUCACUAGAGACAUGGACGCAGACCCAAAUUCUGCAACUAGAGAGGUUGAACUCAUGGGGACUCAGGAUCAAAUAGCGAAGGCUGAGCAAUUAAUCAAUGAUGUUCUUUCUGAGGCUGAUGCAGGUGGCUCUGGCAUAGCAUCUCGCCGUGUAACAGGCCAAUCAUCUGGUUCUGAUCAGUUUGUGAUGAAGAUCCCCAACAAUAAGGUGGGGCUUGUUAUUGGAAAAGGAGGUGAAACUAUUAGAAAUAUGCAAGCAAGUACCGGGGCACGUGUUCAGGUUAUACCUCUACAUUUGCCACCUGGUGAUAUGUCAAAAGAGAGGACAGUACAAAUUGAAGGAACUACUGAACAGAUCGAAGCUGCAAAACAGUUGGUAUUCGAAGUCAUUAGUGAGAAUCGUCCAAGAAAUCCAUCAAUGUCCGGAGGAUACCCACAGCAAGGUUAUCAAUCCCGACCUCCCGCAAACUGGGGGCAACCUGGUCCACCGAUGCAGCAAUCUGGUUACGGUUAUGUCCAGCCUGGCGCAUACUCCGGUCCACCACAAUACAACAUGAAUCAACCGCCUUACUCUGGUUAUCCUCCCCCCGCAUCUGGUGGGUAUGCCGCAGGAUGGGAUCAGUCUAAUACUCAAAACCCGCAAACUGCUCAAGGAGGCGGUUACGAUUACUACAACCAGCAGCAGCCACCAUCCCAGCAACCACAUGGAGGCUCUGCUGCUCCAACAGAUGGUUCUGGCUACGGAUACGGCGGCAACGCCCCGUACAGCCAGGGACAGGGCUAUAGUCAAGAUGGUUAUGCGGCCUACAAUGCCGGCACAGUUCAAUCCGGUUAUGGACAGCCCCAAACAAACCCGUCUGCAGGAUAUGACCAGCAGCAACAAUACAAUUCCUCUUAUGCCAAUGUUCCUAACCCGAACCCCGACGGCCACACCGCUUCAUACGGAGCUCAGGUGGACCCCAAUCAGGCGCCUGCACCCGCACAAUCAUACAAUACUAGUGGUCAACCUGCUGUAAACCCUAAUUACCCACCACCAGCUUCUGGUGCAGCUGGUUAUGGGCUACCCCCUUCUUCCCAGGGUGGUUACGGUACUCAACCACCAUCUGGCUAUGGUAAUUACGGAUCAUCCCAGACUCAGAAGUCCGGUGGUCCGCUGGCAUAUGCACAACCACAGCAGUCCCCGAGUACUCAAGGUGGCGGUGGUGGCUAUCCUCAGUCAGGCUACCCUUAUUCCCAGCCGCCGCCUACUCAGCCAGGCUAUGCUCAGACUGAUUCCGGUCCUCAAAGACCUCCGGCAUCCGGAUAUCCGGGGUAUGGUGCCCCGCCUUAUGGAGCAUCUCCAGCAACUCAACAAAGCUAUAGACAACAACCUCCCCCAUAUAACAGUGCCUAUGGUGACGGAUAUUCCCAGCCUGCAACCUACCCCAGCGAUGGAUCUGCUGGCGGCAAUGCCAGAGGGAUUUAUGAUGCAACCACCCCACCCCACUCAGCCCAGCCUUCCGGGGCGGCCAAAACCUCUCCUGCCAAUUGAAUGUGACAAUCUAUUUCGUAUAUGGUACGCUCUCUAGCUUGUUAUCCUGUGACUUAUUAGGUGUAUCUUUUAUGUGGAAUUAGUUUUUCUAGUCUUUCUUUUUUUUACUUUUUUCCUGUGUGCUUUUGUUAUCUGUUUUAUUAUUCUGGUGGUGUUUUUAUGGAUCGAGUAGUGUUUUCAUUUAAAUUCUGUUGUACUUGCAAAUGCCCGACUAUUUGUUUUAGAUGAUGGGAAUUCUCUUGUAUGAAUUUUAGUAAACUUGUGAUGAGACUGCUAUUGACAUUGUUAGUAAUCUAGGAUUAAACCAAAAUAUGAAAUGACUGCUUCCUAGAAUUGUGCAAAUUAGCCGA